AGGGUCCAGAAGGGGAUGAUUUAAAAGAAAGACAUUGAGGCACCCUUCUGUAAUCAAAAUCCAGAUUGAAAGAGAAGCUAGAAGAAUGGGCGAUUACCAUUUCGUCUACAAGGACGUAGAAGGAGCCUCUACUCAAUGGGACGAUAUCCAGAGAAAGCUUGGAAAUUUGCCCGAAAAACCACCCGCUUUCAAGCCCCCACCUUUCACCCCUUCCUCUGAUGACCAACCCAAAGACAAAACCUGGAUCGAUUCCAAAACCUCCGAAGAACUCGAAGACGACCUCGACGAUGAUCGAUUCCUCCAAGAAUAUAGGUUCUCCUUCACCUUUUUGGUUUUUUCAAGGUUUUUCUUUCGUGUGUUGGUUUUGUUUUUCUCCAAGGUGGUCGAGAUUGAACAAAAUUUGAAGCUUAUAAAGAUUUUGUUGAUGGGACUCUUUGUAUUGUUUGCUUGGAUUCCUGAAUGUGGCUUGUUGAUGCAAAGCAUUGAAGAAUUGGCAAGAAAAUAUCCUGCAACAAAAUUUGUUAAGAUAAUAUCUACAGAUUGUAUCCCAAACUAUCCAGAUCGAAAUGUUCCGACUUUAUUGGUUUAUAACAAUGGGGCAGUUAAAGGAAAUUACGUGGGUCUGCAUAGUUUCGGGCGAAGAUGUACUCCUGAAGGUAUUUAUGUCUAAAACUGCCAGCCUCGUAGUUUUAUGUUCUUUUAUUUUGAUGGAAUUAAAGGCCAAGCUUUCAGAGGAGUU